AUGGCAUCCCAGCUGCGUCAGAACUACCACAGCGACUGCGAAGCUGCCAUCAACCGCAUGGUCAACUUGGAGCUGUAUGCAUCCUACGUGUACCUCUCUAUGGUGAGUAUAGCUUUACUCAAUAAUUUUAUUGCAACAGGUAAUUCGAUAAGGUCAUACAACUGCUACUAUUUUAACAAUAUAAUGUUUGUUCACUAAACAGUUGAUUGUGGUGAAUUAUUACAUACCAAAUUUCAAAAAAGUAGGCUAAAAUACUUGCCGGAAAAUUAAGCGUAGUUGGAAAUUUUUCCAGAUUAAAUUUUCAAAUUUUCAAUAUCAUGCUAGUACUAGAUUGGUUUUCAAUUCAUCACAAUUUACGGUUUAAUUAGUAAUGCCCACUCUAUGACAGGUUCUAUAAACUUACUACAUUGUAAUAGGAGAAGAGUGUUGCAAACUUUUAGUUUACAAGUUAAUUGGAUGAACUAAUCUCAAAUCUUCAUUUGAAUUAUUAACGGUUAAAUGUGAAUUGUUUUAGUAUAAAUGAUUUGAAUCCUCACUAUCACAUUCUGAACCUCCAGGAAGAUUUUUUUUUCACAGAACAGGGAAAAAACAAAUAAAAAAAACUUCCAUAUUUGGGGUUACAAGAUUGACAGUUUUAAUGAAAGUUCACAUAUUAGGUCCAAAAUAGGCAAACUGAAAAUUAAUUUUGAAUUACAAUAAUGGCUUACAAUUGGAAAUGCACUUUUAAUUCCUGACAAUUUACACUGUAUAUGCCCUAUGAGCUGGCAAUCCUACCCCACCCAUGGGGUUAUCAGCAUGUUCCAGAAGCUUUGCUCCCCAGUUAUCUUAUCAUUUUUGUUCAGGGUGAGACUUAAACAUGUAUCAUAAUGCUUGUGAGGCCUCCUCAAGGUGUAACUGAAAAAACUGUUUUACCAUGUGCUUUUAGUUCAUCCUGCAAAGGAUCCCACUUGAAUUAAAGACGUCUAAAAACAUAAAUUCGCUAAGGCUAGAUUUUAGCCAAUGCAUUACGAAAGGAUUAUAUGACUCAAUUCUGAUCUAGCAAGAGAAUUCAAUCAUAUAAAUGUAUAGGUUAACAAUUAAAGCGCCUCCCUCCCCCUGAUUAGAUGCUCUGUGAAAUACUCACAUUUACUCUGUUGGAACUUCACUGAAAUUCAAACCUAGUCAAGAGAUAUACAACAGUACCAGUCAACAGAUCUGGUACUGUUGUGAGAUAUGUUUCGAUAACGGUUAGGGAGCCUUAAUGAAGGUCCAGGCUAGCUAUCACACAAACCGAGCAAAUGUAUGGUCACAGCCCAGAAGCUGGCUGGAGAAAUCAGGGAUAUCCCCAGAAAUCCAAGAUAUCCUGCACCUCUGGACAGACGAAGAUGGCACCAGAAACACAUGUGCAGGGUCAUUGUUAGUUGCAAUUAUUUUGUGUAGUGUGGUCAAACGUUUAGUAUUGCAAUAUGUGUCAUGUCUUCUACUCUAGCUUGUACACUGUAAUUUAGAAUACAAACAAUGUAUCUUAUUUACGCAAACUGAUUUACUGCUUCGUCAUACCUUCAGUGUGGAAUGACCUUUGGAUAUUGGUUGGCUUCCCUGUAUUGUUCUCUUACCACAAAUAUCAAUGGCUUAAAGAAAAGCUGUUCCAGCUGAAUCUCCUAUAUUUGAUCUUUUCCAGUCCUAUUACUUUGACCGUGAUGAUGUGGCUUUGGAGCACGUGGCCAAGUUCUUCAAGGAGCAGAGCCACGAGGAACGGGAGCAUGCAGAAAAAUUCAUAAAGUAUCAGAACAAGCGUGGGGGUCGUAUUGUCCUUCAGGAUUUGAAGGUGAGAAUGGAGUGCUAGGUAAAUGUACUUGACAAAGAUAAUUCCACUUAUCAUAAAUCUAGUAAAAAUCACAACAUUACCUGUUCUGGUGAUCUAGUGAAAGAGUCUAACUAGCCCAAACAAUUAUAGAGUUUCCUAGUGCUUGUUAAUGACCAAACGUCUUAUUUCAAAGGAGUAAAUAUAACUCUGAUGAAGAUGAGCAUUUUGUUUAGCCAUGCAUAUUUGAGUAGCCCGAAGCAGGAGCUGUUCCAGACAAGAACAAUAUAACAUCCUCAUGCAAAAAAAAACCCAACAACAAAUUUUUGGCAAGGAUGCUGGAAAUUGCAUGACAACAAGAGAUCACAUAGAGUGUAAGAUGCUAUAUCUGACAAAAUUUUACCCUGGCUUUUUGUGAGAAAGACAGUCUUUUGGGGUUCCAGGCUCACAUAGAUCCAGUUUUAUUUGAUGUCCGGUGUUAGCAUGUAAAGUAUCUGGAUGAUGGACACUGUAAGGGUUUUUCACUAAAAUGAGAAUUAUUGGAAAUUCAAGGUGAAUUCAAAGUACAUUUCACGAUUAAUCCAAGAAUUGACAAAAUAGGAAAAAAAACCUCAAAAUCAAUUCUGUUUUCAGUUUUUCUAUUUUGAUCGCAAUUAUAAAUUCACUUUGAACUCCCUGCAAUUCUCACUUUAGUGAAUAGCCCUAUGUGCGCCAAAUUCUAUUCUUUUAAAGGAGAAAUAUCUGACUGGAUAAAAGUCAUCAGGGUUGAUGACUUCACUGGAGGAGGAUUCAAAUACAGGUAAAUUUCAAUCAAGUGAAGGAAAACACAAACCAUGUGUGGAAACUAUUUUUGAUACUCACUCAAUUCAUUAUUUUCCCCCUAUGAGUGCUGUAGAACAGGGCUAGAACUUGGCAAGUGAAAAUGUAGCCAUGGCACGUAUACAUUUACUCCUGGUGAGUGUGACAUGGAUACUCCAGGCUUGCAAUGAGGAGUCAUUUUUAAGGGCUGUGUAGUAAGUGUAGAAUUUGAAAUUUUAAGCCCUUGUAGAGCAUAAAUACCAUCACGACAACAGUGCUAGUCUAAAACUUCUGAAGUGUGCUUGAAUUACCAAGAUUAGUUUUAUGUUUAUAGGUAUUGGGAUGAAGUCAAAGUACACCAGUGCUCGUACUCAUUUAACCCUCUUUCACUACAGAAACCAGAGCGUGAUGAAUGGACCAACAGCCUGGAAGCCAUGCAGGCUGCUCUGCAACUGGAGAAGACCGUUAAUCAAGCUCUUCUGGACCUGCACAAGCUGGCGUCUGACAAGAAUGACCCUCAUGUAAGUUUCAAUCAUUUCCUGAUCGUUAACAAUCUUUUACAUUUUCAAAGAGUACAGUAAAUAGUGGGAUGUGAUGAAACAAACAUGAAUAUAUUAUCACUUCAGACCACUUGGCUUCCAGCAUACUUAGUUCAGGAUAUUUAUUUGAAGAUAUUGCAAUGAUCUAUUUAUUUUGCAUCUUUCAUAUCUGUUUCCUUACCGUGAUCUCAAAUACAACAAACAUAAGUCAUAAGUUACAUUAACAUGUUUAUCUUAGUGUCAGUUUCACAACUUUGCAUUAUAUCUGCCUGUAAAUUUACCAACAUACUAUUCCAUGUUACAGCUGUGUGACUUAUUGGAGUCAGAAUACCUGGAAGAACAAGUCAAGGCUAUGAAACAACUUGGUGACUACAUCACAAACCUAAAACGUCUUGGGGUGCCCCAGAAUGGCAUGGGCGAGUAUCUGUUUGACAAGCACACCAUGGGAGAGAGCAGUUGA